CUUGGGAUUGGAAACCGGAUAGGGUAUAAACGCUGAAAAUAUAUCUGAGUCUCAUCCUUUAUACUUUGGGGAGAGAGAGAAGUACGACGCAUCCCCUCUCUAUCUCUCCACUCUCUAGGCAAAUCUCUUCUUCUUGAUUGAUCGAUUAUUUCGUCUUCAAGAAGAACGGCAUAUCCAAAAAAAAAAAAGAGAGAGGAGAGAAAGAAAAGGUUUGUGACCCACGAGUAGAUAAACGGAAAAAUUAUUUUUCACCAUGGAUUUGACUUCCACUACCACCAUAUCUACCUCCGACGCAGCUCUUGACGACAAAGAGUCUUCCGUUGAUCCGUUCCUGGUCGAGGCUCUUCAAAAUCCUCGUCAUCGUCUUACCAUUUUGCGGAUGGAACUUGAUAUCCAGAAGUUUUUACAACAUUCUGACCAGCAACAAUUCGAAUUCCAACAUUUUCCCACAUCCUACCUUCGGCUUGCUGCACAUCGUGUUGCUCAACACUAUGGGCUGAUAACUAUGGUUCAUGAUAGCAGUUUAGGUGGCGUGGGAAGCAGAAUUGUGGCGAAGAGAGCAGUUGAAUUCAGAUGCCCUGCUGUCCGAUUGUCUGAAAUUCCGGCGAAUCACUCAGAAAACGAUAAAAGUGAGCAGAUUAAAAUUGCUAUUAAGCCGAGGCCAAAUAAUGGAUCUGUCAAUGAAGCAAAUCAAAUUGGUAUCAAAAGAUCUCCUGUGCGGAGUGUGGAGGAGAGGAAGGAAGAAUAUGACAGGGCACGAGCACGCAUUUUCAGUAGCCCUAGCAGUCCCGAUUCUGAUGAUUCUUCUGUGAUUUCUAUUGAUGCAAAAAAUGAGUCUCCUAUCCGAGAUGCGUGUGAAAACUACAGAGGCUACGUGGUUGAUCCAGAGAAAAAUAUUUCUGCUCGGGAUGGUACAUCACGGGUAGCCAUUUUCAGGGAUAGAGAGAAGGAUCAAUAUGAUCCAGAUUAUGAUCGGAAUUAUCAAAGAUAUGUUGGAAGCAUUCCUCGUAACCAGAGCUUUGGCUUGGCUCCUUACAAUAUGCAGAAGAUACCACAUCCAUUCAUGCAGUAUGAUUCUGCUUUUCCUCAGUUCGGUCAGAUUGCAAGUACUCAACCUCUCCCCAGUUAUUGCGUCCCUGCAACGCCAGCUGUAAGCCCUUUUUGUGACGUGGGAUUGAAUCCAACUUCUGGAGAUGGUGCUUACAUGCAGUGGCCAAGUGCUACAAUGAUGUAUUUUCAUCGGUAUGAUCACUUUAGACAUGCUGUAACUCAGGCAGCAUUUUGUCACCAACCUCUGAGCUCCGAUUACUCGCAGAAUGGUUAAAUGAUGAGAUGUCUUUAUAUUUUUCUUAAUGCGAGGAGGGUCUAUUAAUUUUGCUGAUUUGCUUUGCUUUGCUAGGACCAUUGUUUGAAGACAAUCUUAGACCGUUGGUUAAGUGUAACAAUGAUGUUUGAGAACAUUCUUUUUUCUUAUCUGAAACCUUGCUUGACAA